AGACAGAGCCACGGGGGCAAGUUUGUUAACCCUUCCCUCUCCCGAGGAUGACGACGAUGACGCUCGCCCUCAGCCAACAGCCAUCUCUCUCUGCCCUGCCCUGCCCAGCGAGGCAGGCCUGGCCGCUUUGUUUUAACCCUUCGCCUCCUGCGCUUUAUUCGGAUCCCCUCCCCCCUUCUCCCCCAAGCGGGUUGGUCAGAAAAGCUGCAGAGCCGCCCGGCACCCUGAUUUGCCCGGGGGCGAGUGGCGUAAAAAGUAGCAACAGCAGCGAGAGCGACUGAACGCUCCUCCCCUUCCCCAGCCCGGCGGCGGCGGCGGCGACAGAACGAGGAGGGUGCAGAGCGCAGACAUGGCGGCUAACAUGUAUCGAGUGGGAGAUUAUGUUUAUUUUGAAAAUUCUUCAAGCAAUCCAUAUCUUAUCAGGCGAAUAGAAGAACUUAACAAGACGGCCAGUGGUAAUGUGGAAGCAAAAGUUGUAUGCUUUUACAGACGACGAGACAUCUCCAAUAGCCUCAUUAUGCUUGCAGACAAACAUGCAAAAGAAGUUGAGGAAGAAUGUGAAAUUCCCAAAGAAAUAGAUCUAACUGAUAAACAGAAGCACCAGUUGAAACACAGAGAAUUAUUCCUGUCUCGUCAGUAUGAGUCCCUCCCUGCAACACACAUUCGGGGAAAAUGCAGUGUUGCACUUCUGAAUGAGACAGAGUCGGUAUUGUCGUAUCUCGCCAAGGAGGAUACUUUCUUUUAUUCUUUGGUGUAUGACCCAUCACUGAAAACACUUCUGGCAGACAAAGGUGAAAUCAGAGUUGGACCCAGGUAUCAAGCUGAUGUACCAGAUAUUCUCUCAGAAGGAGAAACAGAUGACAGAGAACAGGCAAAACUUGAAGUAAAAGUUUGGGAUCCAGAUAGCCAUCUCACUGAUCAUCAGAUUGACCAAUUUUUAGUGGUAGCACGUGCUGUUGGUACUUUUGCACGAGCUCUAGACUGCAGUAGUUCUGUAAGACAACCUAGUUUACACAUGAGUGCAGCUGCUGCUUCGCGGGAUAUCACUUUGUUUCAUGCAAUGGAUACAUUACAUAAACACAACUAUGACCUGAGCAGUGCUAUUAGUGUUUUGGUUCCCCUUGGAGGUCCUGUUCUUUGUAGAGAUGAAAUGGAGGAAUGGUCGGCAUCAGAGGCUAGUUUGUUUGAAGAAGCCCUAGAGAAAUAUGGCAAAGACUUCAAUGACAUACGACAAGAUUUUCUUCCUUGGAAAUCUCUGACUAGCAUCAUUGAAUAUUAUUAUAUGUGGAAAACCACAGAUAGAUAUAUUCAGCAGAAACGUCUAAAAGCUGCUGAAGCAGAGAGUAAACUAAAACAAGUUUACAUACCAACUUACAACAAACCGAAUCCCAGUCAGAUAUCCAGCAAUAAUGGAAAACCAGGCGCCAUGAAUGGGGCAGUUGGAGCACCACACCAGACUCAGAACUCACUAAUAGGCCGUGCUUGUGAAAGUUGCUACAUUACACAGUCGCAUCAAUGGUAUUCCUGGGGUCCACCCAACAUGCAGUGUAGAUUAUGUGCACCAUGUUGGAUUUAUUGGAAAAAGUAUGGUGGUCUUAAAAUGCCAACUCUAACAAAUGAAGAUAGAUUUUCACCCAAUCAAACCACAGAGGAUUCGUGUGUCCGAACACAUAUGUCACGACAAGCAACUCAGGGCAUACCAGUCCGGAACACUGGUAGUCCAAAAUCUGCAGUGAAGACACGUCAAUCUUUCUUUCUUCAUACUACAUAUUUGACUAAACUUGCCCGCCAGGUUUGCAGAAAUACCUUACAACUGAAGCGAGCUGCAAGAAGACCUUUUGCCCUUAUUAACUGUGCUGCCAUUAGGGCAGAAUAUGCUGAUAGACACUGUGAAUUUAUUGGGAACCCUUUGAAGAUUAAAAGCACUAGGAAAUCAUUAUCAUGUAUCAUUGGAUACCUAGAGAUUCAUCCUGCAAUGAAGCCUAAUAUAAUCAAGUCAACACCAAGCCUUCAGAGCUCAAUGUCAAAACGACUACUUGCUCCUCCUGGUCAUUCAUCAUUAAGUAUUUUGGGAAAGAGAAAUUAUAGUCAUCAUCACAAUGGCCUGGAUGGACUCUCCAGUUAUGCACAUGGAACUAAAAUGCAAGCGGCACAUGAUUUCUAUACAACUAAUGGCAAAACUCUACAAGUCGCCACAAAUGACCUUAUGCCAAGUGUGCCAUUGCUCAAGAGACAGAGACAGAAUUGGCUCAAUUCUCCUGACGAUGGUUUCUUUAUUGCUACAGAAGAGACCAGGAAAACACGGAAACAGUUUACGCGAUCACAGUUGAAAAGAGCUUGUAGAAUGCCGUGCAUAAUUCUGAGGAAGGCAAAGUCCCUUAUGACUCACAAAGAGACUCAAGAGAAUUUGAGCAGUCAUUCACAGAUGAAGACACAACAGUGA